AUGAAUCCAGCAUCGCCGACCCAGGCGCCCAAGUCGUCUUCGUCAUGGAAGAUCUUGGAUAUCCUUAAGAUCCUGUCGUCGCCUAAACAGCUGGUGAGUCCUUCGAAUACGAGCUUGGACUUGAAAGCACAGGCCGAAAAGACAAAGAACGUGUGUAAAUGUUCGUGCUGUGGUGCCGUGUUGACGUUUCCCGAAGGCGCCCAUAAAUUCAGCUGCCCUCAUUGUCAAACAACCAAUCUUUUGCAUCUUGACCUUGGAGCAUCGCCUCCUGUGCAUCUUAUCAGUUAUAAGUACGUGAAACUGCUAAUAGACUCGGCAUUGCAUCUGGAUAAGCCAAUUGAGAAUAGCCAUGAUCUUCAUGAACGCUUGAAACCUGUUCUGGAUUACCUUCUACAAGCAUUUGGCUCUAUGGCAUGCUUAAACCAGUCAUUUAAGUUAAAGAAGCAAAGCAGAAGACCGCAUUAUUCCACAGCAAAUUUGAAUUAUGAUGAAAUAAGGCAUCUUUUCGAACUUCUUACUUCCCUUCCUUCAAGAAGACCACUAUAUUAUGCUCUUCUGGGUGCAUGCAAUUGUCUCAGAAGGCUACCGCUCAACUUGAGUGAUGAUCCUCGCAACCUUCUGUGGGUGUUGGUUCUUUUCGAGAUCCCGUUUUUAUCCAAGGCGCUUACUAAUAAUGAUAAACGGUCUCAGCAUCGUAUAGGCUCCAUGGUUGACAUUCCAGAGAUCCAGGCCCUAUGCUACGAGAUCCUUAAACGCGUCUUGGGUAUCAUUUCCCAGGCUGAAACCACUCUUGCGGGAAACUACGUUGCUUCGUGGUUUCUGAAACGCUCCCAGGUUGAGUUCAUGGCCAAGGUCGAACUCGUCAACUUAUACAUUACCUUCCACUUGAAGAAGUACUUCUACUUUGCCAACAAUCCUCAGUUGGCACGUAGGGGAAGUCUGGGUGGCCCUAAUCACCAUCGCAGAAGCAGCCUGGGUGAGUUUCCAGAUAGAAAUCAUCGCAGGAGCAGUCUGGGCAUUGCUCCAGAGGUUCCUGUGCCACCGACCGUACAGACUCCGUCUCCUCCUCAGAAUGGUGAUGCACAUCUCGUCAAGCCAACAGUCAAAGUAUCGAGAAGUAAGAGUUUACCUCAAGCCCAUGAUGAAGAGUUCUUCCAGUACUCAUACCUCAAAGAUGAGGUUGAAGGUAUGGACGCCUUGUUCCCACCGGUGAAUCCUCAGCCGGUAUCAGGCCCAGGCAGUCCAAGAAGAAACUCCAAGAAGAAGAAGCAGGAUAUGAAAGUCAGGGUUCACCAGUAUUCUCUGAACUACCAUUUGAGGACAGCUUCAGGCGCCCUUAGCAUCCUUGUUAAGGCUAACUACAUCAGAUAUGGUGAGAAUAAGGUCCCAGUGCAUGCCUUUUACAACUCCUUGGUUGACUAUGUGAACAUCAAAUUAGACUAUGAUGCCUGGCUGAGCAGAAGAAAGCUGAGUAGUCAAGAAGCAGGUGCAGAGCCGGCUCUUCAGACUGUGAUUGACUAUAUCCAUGGCGCUAACCAUGCACCUUUCAGCGAGGCGCCAGGAACUACUUUCUACUUCUGCCAGUAUCCUUUCCUUAUCACCUUGGGAGGUAAGAUUGCCAUUCUUGAAUAUGAAGCCAGGAGACAGAUGGAGAGAAAGGCCGAAGAGGCAUUUAUCAACUCUCUCGAUCGCCGUGUCACAAUGGACGUAUAUUUUAGAGUGAAGGUCCGUCGUGACUACAUUGUUCAAGAUUCGCUUCGUUGCAUCCAGCUCAAUCCAAAUAACUUGAAGAAGAGUUUGAGGGUACAGUUCAUCAAUGAGCCGGGUGUUGAUGCUGGUGGACUUAAGAAGGAAUGGUUUUUGCUUCUUACUAGAGCUCUUUUCAGUCCUCAUGCUGGUAUGUUGAGCUAUGUGGAAGACUCCAAUCUUCUUUGGUUUAACGUGGUUCCGGUUGAUAAUUUCGAGAUGUACUAUCUUUUCGGAGCAAUUCUCGGUUUGGCCAUUUACAACUCGACCAUUCUCGACUUGAAGUUCCCAAUCACCAUGUACAAGAUCUUAUUGGGCUUACCUAUUGGAUUGGCCGACUACCAGGAGAUUUACCCAAUGUCGGCUCGUAACUUGUUCAGAUUGAGAGACUACAGUGCCGAGGAGAUCGAGGCCCUCGACUUGACGUUUGAAGUCUGCUACUCGGACCCAUUCGGCAGAAAGUACACCAAGGAUCUUAUUGCUGGUGGUUCAAACGUUAAUGUCGAUAAAGAUAAUCGUGAGCUCUACAUUGACAAGUACGCCCGGUUCUUCCUCUGGGACGGGAUGCACAAACAGCUCUGUGCAUUCAAAGGAGGAUUCUCCAAUGUUGUGGAUGGCAAUGCCUUCUCUUUAUUCCUGCCUGAAGAAAUCCAGCUUCUUUUAUGUGGCAGUGACGAAAGUAAGUUCGAUGUUGAUGUGCUUCAGUCGGUCACCAACUACAGCGGAUGGCCUAGCAAGCAAGAAGCCGUCGACUCCAACACAGUUAAAUGGUUCUGGGAGUAUGUUAGCGAGCUCACAUACAAACAGCAGAAGAAGUUGCUUCUUUUCAUUACAGGAUCAGAUCGUGUGCCAGCAACGGGUAUCCAGAACCUUACGCUUAAGAUCAGCCGGCUCAGAACGACAGGCGGCGACAGCGACAGACUUCCAGUGGCGCACACGUGUUUCAACGAAUUAGCAUUAUAUGACUACAGCAGCAAAAGCAAAUUGGCCGACAAGCUUGGCAAGGCCGUGAACAUGUCGGCAGGGUUUGGUAUCAAAUAG